ACUCCAACACUCUCUAUCUCCCACUCUAGAAAAAAAAAAAAAAAAAAAUACUUCCUCCCAUUUCUUCUUCCAUGGCUUCCUCAUCAAUGGCAGCGAACGGUGUUCCCACGUUGAGACUGUCUACGUCUAACAUUGCCACGAAUCAAACCCAGAAAACGAAUCCGUCUCUAACCAGAGGGCUUUCCUUCAGCGGCUCUGGUCUCUCCGGCACCAAAAUCCCGACCCCUGCCACGUGUUUAAGGACUUCUACUCCUCCGAACACCACGAGGGCCCCACUGGUGGUGUCUCCGAAGGCUGUUUCCGAUUCCAAGAACUCGCAGACGUGUCUUGAUCCCGACGCGAGCAGAAGUGUGUUGGGGAUUAUAUUGGGAGGCGGAGCCGGGACGAGGCUGUAUCCGCUGACGAAGAAGCGCGCGAAGCCGGCUGUUCCGUUGGGAGCGAAUUACCGGCUGAUUGAUAUUCCGGUCAGCAACUGCCUCAACAGCAACGUUUCCAAGAUCUACGUCCUCACGCAGUUCAACUCCGCUUCUCUCAAUCGUCAUCUCUCUCGUGCUUACGCCAGCAACAUGGGAGGGUACAAGAACGAAGGCUUUGUUGAGGUUCUUGCGGCGCAGCAGAGUCCGGAGAAUCCCAAUUGGUUCCAGGGUACUGCAGAUGCUGUGAGGCAGUACUUGUGGCUGUUUGAAGAGCACAAUGUGUUGGAGUUUUUGGUUCUUGCCGGGGACCAUUUGUAUAGAAUGGACUAUGAGAAGUUCAUUCAGGCUCAUAGAGAGACUGAUGCGGAUAUCACUGUGGCCGCUCUGCCCAUGGAUGAGAAACGCGCUACUGCCUUCGGUUUGAUGAAGAUUGAUGAUGAGGGUCGGAUUAUUGAGUUUGCUGAGAAGCCUAAAGGGGAGCAACUCAAAGCUAUGAAGGUAGAUACAACCAUAUUGGGUCUUGACGAUGAGAGAGCUAAAGAGAUGCCUUACAUCGCCAGUAUGGGUAUAUAUGUUGUGAGCAAAAAUGUGAUGUUAGAUCUGCUUCGUGAGAAAUUUCCUGGAGCAAAUGAUUUUGGGAGUGAAGUCAUUCCCGGUGCAACUUCCAUCGGCUUGAGAGUUCAAGCUUAUUUGUACGAUGGCUACUGGGAAGACAUCGGUACCAUUGAAGCUUUCUAUAAUGCCAAUCUGGGAAUAACUAAAAAGCCAAUUCCUGAUUUCAGCUUCUAUGAUCGUUCAUCCCCAAUCUAUACCCAACCUCGGUAUUUGCCCCCAUCCAAAAUGCUUGAUGCUGAUAUCACAGAUAGUGUUAUUGGCGAAGGUUGUGUGAUAAAGAACUGUAAAAUUCACCAUUCUGUUAUUGGGCUUCGUUCUUGCAUAUCGGAAGGUGCUGUUAUUGAAGACACAUUACUGAUGGGGGCAGACUACUAUGAGACGGAUGUUGACAGGAGGCUCAUGGCUAAGAAAGGCUCUGUUCCAAUUGGUAUCGGAAAGAAUUCUCACAUUAAGAGAGCUAUAAUUGACAAGAAUGCUCGGAUUGGGGACAAUGUGAAGAUUAUCAACAGUGACAAUGUGCAAGAAACAGCAAGAGAAACGGAUGGAUAUUUCAUCAAAAGCGGGAUUGUCACAGUGAUCAAAGAUGCCUGGAUUCCUUGUGGAACUGUUAUCUAAUCUCCAUUUUUCCACUUGUUUAAAUUUUGCUGACCACGAAGGCUUUUUCUGUACUAGUUACCAGGCUGGGAGAACUAUGAUGCUCUCUUUGGUCUAAGCAAACUUAGCAAAUCUACUUUGAGGGUUCUGUCUUCUGAUCAUGCAAUGUAUAUUUCACGGUACUACAAUGUAAUUAGAGGAAGAGACCUCGGAUAUUUUCUUCUUUUCUCUUGUAGAUGUUCUAUCUCUAUCUGAAAUAAAGUCUGUCAUUACGUAAUUC